CAACAACUUUGUAACUCGAGGAACAUUUGAUACUUAAGUCGAUAUUUUGUGGCUUACCAACUAUGUAGUUUAUAAAUAUUUGGCUACUUUCGAGUCGCGCUCUAAAUUAUUAUUUUUCAAAGUAUUUUUAUAAACAAAGUUGGUUUUGUUCUCGAUUCAAUAAACGUAACACACGAAUUAUUCAUUGCAAUCGAACUGUGCUAACCAUAACACAAAAAAUUUCGCGAUGAAUACAAUCGAAGUCAUAAUUUGUGUGAUUUUCUUUUCGUUCGUCUUUUUGUAUCAUCGAUUUCGAAAUAGUUUUUCUUACUUCGAACGAAAUGGUAUUCCAUACAUCAAACCUUUACCAAUUUUUGGUAACGUGGCUGGAUGGAUCUUGAUGAGAAAAUCUCUAUCUGUGAUUCAUUUUGAACUGUACAAGAAACUGGAACCUCAUCGAUUCGGUGGCGUAUAUGUAGGAGAAAGAAAAAUGUUACUAAUCAGAGAUAUUGAAUUGGUGAAAAAAAUCUUAAUCAAAGACUUCGAUCAUUUUCACGAUCGCGGAACCAAACGAGAUCUACACACGGAUAUACUCAGCAGGAAUUUACUCUUUUUGAAAGGCGAUGAGUGGAAAACCCUCAGGAUCAAACUCACCAGUACCUUUACUUCUAGCAAAAUGAAAAGGAUGUUUCCUUUAGUAAAACAAUACGGCACAAAAUUACAUUCGAUAAUAGAAGAGAUGACCGACAAAGACGAAUUCUUCAUUAAAGACGUAUGUUCCCGUUUUUCCAUCGAUGUAAUCGGAAGCUGCGCUUUCGGCCUGGAAAUAAAUUCACUCGAGAAUCCGGAUUCAGUAUUCGUAAAGAUGGGAAAUAGAUCAUCGAAUUCCAAAUUCACUUACAAAUCAAUUAUACGAAAAGUGUUUCCUUUUUUGACGAAACUUUCAAAAAAAGUAAUCGUCGACACCAUCGUACAAAGUUUCUUCGUAGAUAAAGUGCAAGAAAUCGUCGAGUGUCGCGAGCAACAUAAAAUUGUUCGAGGCGAUUUUCUCGAUCAACUCAUACAUCUUAAAAAUGAAACAAACUCGCAGAAAUCGCAAGAUGAACAAGCCCAAGCUGAUUCCCACCAAUUUUUGAAUCAAAUUGACGGAAAAUACUGCACCAAUGCUCACAUAGAAAUGACUCCAGAAUUAAUGGCAGCUCAAACAUUUCAAUUCUUUCUCGCUAAUUUCGAAUCAACUUCAAGCACACUGAGCUUCAUGCUGCUAGAAUUAGCUCAACAUCAACAUAUUCAAGAUAGACUGAGGCAAGAAAUAAGAACCGUUUUAGAAAACAACAAUAACCAAUUGACUUACGAAACGCUUCAAGAGAUGAGAUAUUUGGAUAUGGUAGUAGCCGAAACUCUCCGAAAAUACCCUAUCUGCGGAUUUCUAGCCAGGCACUGCACCAAAACGUAUGAAAUACCUGACUCGAACAUAGUCCUAGCUGAAGGAACAUCCAUUGUAAUUCCCGUACUGGGGAUUCAUCACGACACAAAAUACUACGAAAAACCUUACGAAUUUUAUCCAGAGCAUUUUACCGAAGAAGCUCAAUCCAAACGACCAAAUUAUACGUAUUUACCUUUCGGCGAGGGACCCAGAAUAUGUAUAGGUAAACGUUUUGCUGAAAUGCAAAUCAAAGUCGGCGCCAUUAUUUUACUGAAAGAUUUCUGCUACACUUUGUCUUCGAAAAUGAAACUUCCCGUAGAAUUUGCCCAUGGAAUAUUGACAAUAGACAUUAAAGGAGGAAUCAGAUUAAGGUGCAAGAAAAUUUAAAAAUAAUGUCAUUCAGAAUACAUGCACAUCGCUACAACUGAAUUAUAUCUGCAUUUCUCACUACUCGGUUGAUUUCGAGUUUUAUGUACAAUUUUUUGUAAUAUAAAUAUAUAUAUCAUGUA